CCUCGUCGUCUCCAGCUCUCCCUCCUCCCCCCACCCCCCCUCUCCCCCAUCACACCCUCCUCCUCGCCUCGCGGUGCGCGUCCGGAAUUCGGAUCCGGGGGCUUCGAUUACGGCAGGCGGCUCCGGAUCGGGACUCUGUUGCUGGCUCUCAUGUAUAGAUUGUUGAUUGCUUGCGCGUAAACACAACAAAAGCUGUAAUUCUUACUGGGUCGGUGUGAUCUGGUGCUGUGGUUAUUGUACCAUAAGUGGAAACAGCUUUGAUUGUCUUUGCUGAUAAAUACUUGGUGGGCUAAGCCUCAAGAUUUCUUUUUGGCCGUACAGUUUGGCUGAACCUAGCAAGCCUAGAUGUCGUUUCGCAGCAUUGUUCGUGAUGUUAGGGACAGUUUUGGUAGCCUAUCGAGGCGAAGCUUUGAGGUGACCUUGUCUGGUCUUUCUGGGCUCACCGGGCACCAUAGAGGGAAGUCUCAGAGCACAGUUCAUGAGCUCUGUGAUGCAGAUCUCAUAAUUCAGGAUAGUCGUUGGGCUAGUCUCCCUCCUGAGCUUCUCCGUGAUGUGAUCCGGAGGCUGGAGGCUAGUGAGAGCACCUGGCCAUCACGCAAAGAUGUCGUGUCCUGCGCAGCUGUCUGCAAAGCAUGGAGGGAGAUGUGUAAAGAGAUUGUGCUGAGCCCAGAGUUUUGUGGGAAACUUACCUUCCCGGUCUCUCUAAAGCAGCCUGGCCCUCGAGAUGGAAUGAUUCAAUGUUUCAUAAAGCGAGAUAAAUCUAAAUCAACUUACCAUCUAUACUUGUGCCUGAGUACCGCUGUACUUGCGGAUAGUGGCAAGUUCCUCUUGUCUGCUAAAAGGUACCGCAAAACAACCUGUACAGAAUAUGUUAUCUCAAUGGAUGCUGACAAUAUUUCAAGAUCAAGCAGCACCUAUAUUGGAAAACUAAGGUCAAACUUCCUCGGCACAAAAUUUAUUAUCUAUGACACACAGCCCCCUUAUAAUGGGGCUGUAAUCCCUCCUGUUGGACGGAGCAGCUGCAGAUUCAACUCCAAGAAAGUGUCUCCUAAAGUGCCAUCUGGUAGUUACAACAUAGCUCAGGUGACUUAUGAGCUUAAUGUCCUUGGCACCAGGGGCCCUAGGCGGAUGCACUGCGUCAUGCACUCCAUACCUGCCUCCUCGGUCGAGCCUGGUGGCAUUGUCCCUGGGCAACCUGAGCAGAUUGUUCCCCGAGCUUUAGAGGAAUCAUUUCGCACCACCACCUCCUUCUCUAAGUCAUCCAUCAUGGAUCGGUCCAUGGAUUUCAGCAGUUCCCGUGAUUUCAGCAGUGCUCGAUUUUCAGACAUUGCUGGAGGGACCAUAAAUGGUGAUGAAGAGGGACAGAACAAGGAGAGGCCACUAGUGCUUCGCAACAAGGCCCCCAGGUGGCAUGAGCAGCUCCAAUGUUGGUGCCUCAAUUUCCGUGGGCGGGUAACCAUAGCGUCGGUGAAGAAUUUCCAGUUGAUUGCUGCAUCAGCCCAGCCUCCUGCAGGAGCGCCAACUCCAUCGCAACCUGCUCCAUCAGAGCAGGACAAGAUUAUUCUGCAGUUCGGUAAGGUAGCAAAAGAUAUGUUCACAAUGGAUUAUCGCUAUCCGCUCACAGCUUUCCAGGCAUUUGCAAUCUGUUUAAGUAGCUUCGACACAAAAUUGGCCUGUGAAUAAGGGAGCCCAGCAAUCGCGAGUGGAGGCAAACUGAAAUGCAACAUAGAGCCAAAGGAGGCAUGUAAUGCCCCAGGGCAUUAGAUUAUGUUUGCAUUUUGUUGUGUCAUCUUGGCUGUAUUUCUGGUUGUAGCCCUGGAACUGGAUUUCUUAGCCUGUAUGUUUCACCUCCUAGCGCCAUGAUAGGUUUCCUUUGGGUCAGCGAUUCAUGCAUUGCAUUGCGCCAUCGUGUGGUGUACAUGCGGUUCCGGAUUUAAGGUGGAAGGAUCCGUUCGUGUCUUUGUUAUGCUUUGCGUAGAUGCCGCGAUCUGGUAAAGAAAAAGAAAAGAUUCAGUGCUUCACUUAUUUUGUGCCCGGGUGG